GUUGAUCGUCCUUCACUCUUGUUGUGCGUCGCGGUGUUCCUGCUUUAACUUUUCCGUUCCAUCCGUAGUGUGAGUGUGUGUGGUGAGAUAAAGAAAACCGGAGAAAGAGUAAAAGGUCGGUCCGGCUGCGGUUAUUAUUCCCAAUUUUCCCUAUUAAAUCUAUCUGAUUCGGGUAAUUAGUGUAAAUUCGAUAAACAACGUGUUUUUAUCUGUUAAGCAAUUAAGGUACGUGGAAAGUGCGAACGCAGAAAAACUCGUUUACGCCAGCAGAAGCUUGAAUGCUGUAAAAAUCGAUUCAGUUGCUUCGCCGAGACAUAAUUCACUACCGCCGCUGUUGUUGCUGCCGCUGCCACUGCUGCCGCCGCCGCCGAUGAUUUGCUGACAAUCGCAAUCUUCCACCGGGACAGUGUUUAAUUCAUUUGCUGCUUCUGCUGUCACGGCCAGUGAAAAUCGCGGCUUGCGAUCGUUGAAAACCUGGAAAGUCUACGGAAGAUAGCCAGCAACGACAAAAUGUCGACAGACUCCGGAAAGAAUUUUUCCAACGUAGAAACACCCGGUUACGUGGGUUUUGCCAAUCUUCCGAAUCAAGUGCAUCGGAAAUCCGUCAAGAAGGGCUUUGAGUUCACGCUGAUGGUGGUUGGCGAAUCUGGACUCGGCAAGUCAACCCUCGUCAACAGCCUGUUUUUGAGCGAUCUUUAUCCGGAGCGCGUUGUGCCGGAUGCCGUCGAGAAACAGCAUCAAACGGUAAAGUUGGAUGCGUCCACCGUUGAGAUCGAGGAACGCGGUGUUAAGCUACGAUUGACGGUUGUGGACACACCAGGGUUCGGAGAUGCGAUCGAUAACAGCGACAGUUUCAGUGCCAUUUUGGAGUACAUCGACGAGCAGUACGAACGUUUCCUGCGGGAUGAAAGUGGUCUGAACCGAAGGAACAUUGUUGACAACAGGAUACACUGCUGUUUCUAUUUCAUCUCACCAUUUGGUCAUGGACUUAAACCGCUAGACAUUGAGUUUAUGAAGAAGCUGCAUUGCAAAGUAAACAUCGUACCCGUUAUCGCGAAGGCGGAUGUAUUGACCAAGAAGGAAAUCCAGCGCCUCAAGUGCCGAAUUCUGCAAGAAAUCGAAGACAAUGGGAUCAAAAUCUAUCCACUGCCAGAUUGUGAUAGUGAUGAAGAUGAAGACUACAAGGAGCAGGUGCGGCAGCUGAAGGAAGCGGUACCGUUUGCCGUGUGUGGCUCGACUACCCUGCUGGAGGUGAAAGGGCGCAAAGUGAGAGGUCGAUUAUAUCCUUGGGGUGUUGUGGAAGUUGAAAAUCCCGAACACUGCGAUUUCAUCAAACUUCGGACUAUGUUAAUCACCCACAUGCAGGACCUGCAGGAGGUAACACAAGAAGUACACUACGAAAAUUACCGCUCGGAGCGAUUAGCAAAAUCCGUGCGCAAGAACAUAACCCCUAUUAUCAAGGACGAGAACGGCACAGGGGAAAUACACGCCGAUAAAGAUCGAAUUCUGCGGGAAAAGGAAGAGGAAAUUCGACGCAUGCAAGAAAAGUUGGCCCAGAUGCAGGCCAAGUUUCAGGCACAGAAAUAAAAUUCACCAUGGGCAAAGUGACAAUGGAUUCGUGAAAUUUUAAUCUAGUUAGAUGAGUAGUUUCGCACUGCAGGCUGGUAGAAAAUCAAAUAACAGUUCGGGGGUUUUAUCGUAGCCCUUGUGGAAGCGAAUCAUUACCAUCACCUUGUAAUCACUUGCGAAAUUGUUCAUUGUGAAGCUACCGCACGACUGCCCACCACACAGGUCAAAAGUGCACAAAUUACAAAACCGAAAGCAGAUUACCAUUUUUGCAAUUGAUUGUCUUUUUUGAGCAACUUGAAGCAUGCCACAAAGUAACUGCUACACUACUAAAUGCCGUUCAGAUAUUAUAGGUGAAAUAAAUUUUCCAAAACUAAUGUGCACUGCAAGAAGAGAGUAUACUAGUACAAAAAUCACACCGCUGGCCGCAAGCAGCAAACUCGUCAUCCUAUCGACUCAUAUCUUUCCAAUCUAAAAUUUGGCAGCAGCUUGAAAAGCUAACAAACAUAGUCAAGUUCUGAGUGCCAUGUCGAAAAUUGUUUCUGUUGAACCCGAAUUAGAAUCUCUGCGUUUACUGCAAUUGAAUGACAAGUCAGAUUAACAAAUAAUCAAUCUUAUUCCGCAUCCUGGGAUUAUCGCACAUUACUUCGUUCGGUGUCAAUCUUUGUGUGUUUCUAUCGUCAUGUUUCGGUUCGUAUAUAUUUACCAUCAGAGCAAUAAUAAACAAAGUGAAAGUUAUAUUUUUCGAUAGCUUUUUAUCGAUUCUAAAAACUAAAUACUAGGAGUAGCGUAAGCUUUAGCAUCAUUUUUGGGACACACGCCUAAAAAUGGCUUCUCCCGCGCAAAACCUACAACAUUUCACAGUAAAUACUGCAUCCAUUAGUUGUUAGUGGUACUUAAGCGAAAUCACUCGAAUGCGUUUCGGUUUUUCGGUUUGAUUCGUUUUCACAGUUGAAAAAAAUAAAUAAAUAUCAGAUCAGCCAAGGAAUCAUAUAUUACGUAUUAAGAUAAUAACUGAUAAGCAGAGGGCGAAUUUGCCGGGUACGAACGGAAGUUCAGAGCAGAGAAACAGUAUAUAUAUUUGGUUUUAUUCUUUAUUAUAACUAUUUUACUACUCAACGAAUUAUAGGUUUAUAAUAACGAUCAAUUUA